AUGGGAAAUUUAAUUUUAUGUCAGCGUCUUAAAGAUAAUGCUGUUGUCGUGGAAAUAAUGCAACAGGGAGUUGGAAGUGCUAGUGUUACCCAUGCGGUGAUUGUUAUUUUUCUAGAAUUCUUUGCAUGGGGCUUGCUAACAACACCAAUGUUAACUGUCCUGCAUGAAACCUUCCCUCAACAUACAUUUUUAAUGAAUGGGUUAAUUCAAGGCGUAAAGGGUUUUCUAUCAUUUAUGAGUGCCCCCUUGAUUGGUGCCCUUUCCGAUGUGUGGGGAAGAAAGUCAUUCCUUCUUGUUACUGUGUUCUUUACCUGUGUCCCAAUUCCACUAAUGAGGAUAAGUCCCUGGUGGUACUUUGCGAUGAUUUCUUUUUCAGGAGUCUUUUCUGUCACAUUUUCUGUUAUAUUUGCAUAUGUAGCAGAUGUAACCCAGGAGCAUGAGAGGAGUACAGCAUACGGGCUGGUUUCUGCCACUUUUGCUGCUAGUUUAGUUACAAGCCCUGCAAUUGGUGCUUAUUUAUCUACCAAUUACGGAGAUAACUUGGUGGUGCUGGUUGCAACAAUUAUUGCACUUGCAGACAUUUGCUUUAUUCUCUUGGCUGUGCCAGAGUCUUUGCCUGAGAAGAUGCGCCCUGUUUCAUGGGGAGCACCUAUAUCAUGGGAACAAGCAGAUCCUUUUGGUUCUUUGAAGAAAGUUGGGAAGGAUUCAACAGUCCUGCUGAUAUGCAUUACAGUAUUUCUGUCAUACUUACCAGAGGCAGGACAGUACUCGAGUUUUUUCCUGUAUUUAAGACAGAUCAUUGGAUUCACAUCUAUCAGUAUUGCUGCCUUUAUAGCGGCUGUUGGAAUUCUUUCUAUUGUAGCUCAGACAUUAUUUCUCAGAAUCUUUAUGAAGUCAAUAGGCAACAAAAAUACAGUCCUGCUUGGUUUAGGCUUUCAAAUGCUCCAGCUGGCCUGGUAUGGAUUUGGCUCAGAACCAUGGAUGGUGUGGGCAGCAGGAGCAGUAGCAGCAAUGUCAAGUAUAACGUUUCCAGCUGUAAGUGCUCUAGUCUCUCGAAGUGCAGAAUCUGAUCAGCAAGGUGUUGUCCAAGGAAUGAUCACAGGAAUUAGAGGCUUAUGUAAUGGUCUUGGACCGGCCCUCUAUGGCUUCAUAUUCUUUUUGUUCCAUGUGGAGCUCAAUGAGAUUGUUCCCGAUCAACAUACAGAUAAAACUACUGCUAUGCUAGACCCCAGUGAUGAGAGUUCAAUUAUUCCUGGUCCCCCAUUCCUGUUUGGUGCUUGUGCCGUCCUUCUUGCUUUCUUGGUUGCCUUAUUUAUUCCUGAACAUAACCAUGUUACAGUGAAGACUUGUAACGCUAGAAGACACAGUGGCAGUGUGGUUACAAGUCAGAGCAACAACCCGCUGCCAGGCAGCGAUGAAGACAUUGAGCCCCUGCUGCAGGACAGCAGUGUUUGAGAACAUCCCGGUGGAAAAUGCAGUCUUCAUUUUUGUUUUCUUAAAAAGAAAAAGAAAACUAACCUUCACAGUUUACAUCUAGAGACAAGACAAGACAGAAUGUAUUCUUCACCUUUUUACUGAUGAAAGUGUGUUUUGGGUUGACAGUUGUUUGUUGGCUGUAGGUGGAAAUAAAGGUCAUCGUAAUUUUUUUGAGCUGUAUAUUCUAUUUUUAUGAUUGGUAUUAUGUUAUUUUAAUGCUACAGACGUUAUUGUAUAAGAUAGUAGUAUGUUUAUGCAGUGAAUUGCAGGGUUUGUGCACUUAAUGGUAGAUGAACAUUCCAUAGCAGUCAGGUAAUCGUGACCAGUGAAAUCGGGGGUGAUGGAAGACAGUUUUCUAUGGCGAACUAAACUGACAUUUGUCUGGAGUAGCUGUUGAUAAUCUAACCAAAAAAUCAACUGAAGGCUAAAAGCUGCAAUGUUACUAAAGGAUAACAAAUUGUAUACAUAAGUGAAUACACGUACACAUAAUAUAUUGUAAUAUAUAGGUGUGUAUGUGUAUAUAAUAUGUGGUAUUUUAUAUAGGAUAGAUUUAAUUCAUAUAAAAUUAGAAAGUGCUAUUCAUAGAAGAUAUAUAUAUAUAUAUAUAUAUAUAUAUAUAUAUAUAUAGUAAAAAAGUGUAUUUCAAAAUGGUAUUUUUCAUCUAAAGAUUUCACUACUUGUACAUUUAAAAGUACCGUAGUGAUCCUAAUAAUUUAUUUCAUAAGUAGGCUCUGAAGGUCUGCAUUUUUUCCAUUUGUUGUUUUAUCUUUGUCAGUAACUUGUUUACUAAACUGAUAAUAAAUGUUUUGUUUGUUUAGUUACAGAGUAAGAGGAUAAGUAGUCUAGCUCUGAAUGCCAAACCUGUGCAUUGAAUUGCACCUGUACAUCUAUGUGCGUAAAACUAAUAAAUGUAACAUAUAUAUGCACUCACAAAUCAUAUAUGUAUAAAGCAGAUCUUCCAAAUUGGAUGUGUGGAGUCUCCAAGGCCAUUCCCCACACCUAAAAUGUAUUUGUAAAUGCUAAACUAAUUGGUGACGCUAAAUUUCCUGAUGUCUGUGAGUGUGCCUUGCUAUGAAUGGGAGUGACUGGCAAAUGACUGAAUUGUUGACUGCCUGUGUCAUUACAACUGGAAUGCUAAAAAAAAAACAAAGGAGCGUACAGACUUCAGUCUUAAAAGAGACCAACAGCAUAUUUUAACGUCAGUCAGAUAUCCAUGUCUGUGCAAUAUGCAUAUUACACACCUGAAGUGAUAGAUGGACAAGAUGUUUAUUCUUUAAAUUGCUUUCUUGUGGGAGAUGACUUGAUGAUUUUUUUUUUCUAAAUUAUUUAAAAGUACAGAGACACCAGCAUCUUGAUUAUAUCUCUAAAUAUUUAGCAUCCGUUUUAGUUAUGAGAUGUACUAAUGAGGUGUGAGUGUGUUUUGUAUUUUUAAAUAUGUGAAAGACCGGUUUAUUUAUUUUUUUUUUUUUGUUUUGUUGAAAGAGCUAAUAUUCUGACCAAACUAUUUUUGAAAGACUUUCAUAUUGAAAUGUUUAGGCGAACUAUAUCUAAUAUGCUUUUUUUAUACUUUACAAUGCAUAGAUUUUUAACAAAUAUUAUUUCUGCCGAGCGAAGGUAAGAAAAUAUGUAACUUGUUACCUUUUUCUUAAAGACAAGAGAGUAUAUUAUAGCCCCCAGCUUGCAGUCUUUCCUGCUACCUCAGCCGCACCUAUUUUUUUUAUGUCAGUUAGAUUGAAUAUUUUUGUAAAGGUCUUGAUAUUUAGCAACUAUGCACAAAAACAAUUUUGUAAUCAUAGUUUUUAUCUUCCCAUCCUUUCUGCUUGUAAGUUGCUUCCAAAUAUUUAGUGAAGUUUUGUUGCUUUAAGAGCAGCCAGACAAAUGGACAAAGCUAAUAGCUUGAGGCAGACUUUGACUGAUUCUUCAUCAUACCAUACCCCACUCCCUGAAUACCUGGCCUUAUAGUAUGCUGUGUAUGUGUAUUGUCUGGUUAGGUGACUUGUUUUUGUAGUACCCACUGCCUUUUAAAACAUGGUUGCUACACCUCUGUUUGAUUCCUUCCCAUUAGAUUGUUCUCCUUCAUAUGUAUGCUAACCCCAUGAGUACAAUUUAAUACUCAAAAUUCGUACUAGCAAUUUGUCCAAAACUGGAUGAGAAGAAAAUAAAACCAGAGUAGUUAAUUAUACUUUAUUUUAAAUGUACAUUUUUAAGUAAAAUGUAUCAAACUUAUUUUUAUUAAAAGCAAGUUAGUUUCAAAUUACGAACAAUCAGGACAUUAGUAUCUGUUUGAUUUAGACUGUCAUUUAAAACGUAAUACAGUAAAUGUAAUGCCUUUUGAAGCGUUCAUUGACCAGACUUUAAAGAUAAUAAAAAAUUUAGGAUGUGCAGUAACGAGCCUCAGUUCACAGCAAAUCUUACAAACAUCAUGUCCCUUUAU